UUCGGACACCAUUGAAGCUGCGACACCAUUCCACGAGGUGCGAUGCACAAGCACGUCGCCCGCCGGCUCUUGGCCGCCACACGUCGGCGCCCAGCGCUCUUGACCCACGCCUUCCAUGCGCCAAAGGCGUCUGCAGCGCCGAUGCUCUCGACGCUGGCGGCAGCAGGGCUCGCGACCCUCGCCGUCGUUGCACCAAGCAGCGUGGCGCAGCAAGAAGCCGCGCCGCUGCCGUCCAAGUUGAUCAAGAAGCUCGCAACACUCAUCAACGGCAUUGUCGACUUGCCGUACAUGGACGAGGACGAAGAGCAAGAGAUUUUCGAGCACGCGGUCGAGCGUAUCAUCACGUCCAUGCAGGACUUUUUGCCCAAGUCCUACUGGUCCCGCAUCUUGACGUCCAAGCCGCUGCCCGAAGAAGAGCGCGAGGUGCUCCGUGGCCGCAUGGUCACGUUUCUCCAGUCGGUCAUGCAGCUGCCAUACCUCAGCGACGAAGACCAGAACCUCGUCAUCCACGGCGUCGUCGCGGUUGUCUCGGAUGCCAUGGGCGAGUCCAAGCUCGACGAAAUCCUCGACAAGGAGAUACCGCCACUGCCGCUGAUUGGCAUUUUCAUUCGUGGCGCUAUGGGCAUUGAAAACGUCAAUUUGAUCCGCGAGCAAUGUCAAAAUUUGCUGCAGCUGCCACUGCCGGUCUCGAUCCCGCGCCCGAUGGAAGACUACAUUGUCAGUCAUGUGGUUAACACGCUCGUCUCGGUGCUCGGCGAUGCGAUCGACAUGUCGCUCAAGGAGUGCUUUCUCUCGACGUGCGGUGCCAAGACCGCCACGUCCAACGCGGACUUUAUCCAGGUGCUCCGUGCCAACACGACGACACUCUUUCGCGAGCACUUGGACCUGCGCUUCACGCCCAUCGUGAUCGAAGAGUAUUUUGUCAUGCAGCUCGUGGACGCUUACUUUAGCGUCUGCGUCAACGACGAGAAGAUCGGGACGGCCAUCUCUGUUCUAAUUUCGCCGCUCGAGCCACCGGUGCACAUCCAGCCGCUCGAACCGCCGCUGGCCGCCCGCUUUCAUGACGACGAGGACUGCGCCUGCUCGUCAUAGCCGGCGCCAUCGAUAGAGCCAUCCAUAUUUCAAGGACAUCAAUAAACACCAGCGACGUUAGCGUGAUGUUACUUGUCCAAGCCA